GCCACCGAGAAGCAGAAUGUGUGAACUUAAUCGCUGCGCCUCUGGGCCGGCCCCUAUGUGUGUUUUUUUAAUGCAUGAACUCUGUCCCAGCAAUUUCACUGCUAGGAAUUUACUCUACAGAUAUACUUCCAAAAGUAUGCUAACGAUAAAUGCACAAAUAUGUUCACUGUUGCAUAGUAUGUAAUCUCAGAAACCCAAGUGGUUAGCAUCUUAAAUGUCUAUCCAUUGAGAACUGCAUAAAUGAUCUAUGGGGCAUUCAUACAACGAAGAGUGUGCAGCAGUUAAAAAGAUGAAGACAACUUGUAUGCCCUGCUAUGGGCCACUCUCUACGGUAUAGUAAGUGAGAAAAAGAUGCAGGAUAGUAAACAUACUCUGAUGCUUUCCAUAUAUGUUAAAUCAAUAAAUGCAUAUACAUAUACGUAUAUACACGGCACAUAUGCUACACUUUGAUCUAGAAGCAUUGAAUUUACAAGAAACUGCUAACCUUUGGGAAAACGGACUGGGUGGAAAGAGGAAAGCUUUUGAUUUUCAUUAUGCCUUCCUGUACCCUUCAAUUUUUCUAGUGAUGGCAUGUAUUACUUUUUUAUCAUCAGAAAGGUUUUUCUGGGUAUUGUGUUAUGGGGCAUUUUUGUUUUCUUUAUACUAGUUUAUUUUUUUUAAUCCUAAUAUUUUUAAGUUGAGAAAAGGGGGAUUCACUGGAAAGACGCUGAGGUGCCUCAUGCCGUCGAAGGAAGUGCUGGGCCCCCAGGCUGCAGGAGACAGUGCGGCUGGGCCUCAGGAAUUUCUGGGGACCAGGGGCUGGGAUGCUGACGGCCCUUUCUUGUCUCUACUUGUCUCUGUGUAUCAGCCGCCUUCUCUCUCACUCCACGUAAAAGAUGAGGAAUGAAACAUGGCUGCCCCAUGCAUCUAAAUGUCUUAUCUUUCAGCUCCUACAGCAGCGAGACCGCCUUCCUGAGUUCCUGCUUGACAAAAUUCUCAAGGAAGGACUGUCUUUGGCCUGGCUUGGGUCAAGUGUCCUCCCCUGGACCCAUCAACUCUGGCCAGGGGAGGGGGGUGGGUGGGAGGUGGGGAGUGUCUCUAAGAAGCUGGCAGACCCUCUGAGGUCACAUGGUUGGAGAAGAACGGUUCUCGGUAGAAGGGAGGGUGCUGGGAAGAUAACACUGAGCUCAUGCCUUCAUUGGUUCAGAGUGCCCAUCAUGUGCUGGGCUCUGCAACCAGCAAGGGCUCAGCCAUCAGCGAGCUUAGGUUCUAGUGAGGGAGACAGUCUGGAAAUUGGUGUCUGCCAGACCUCCCUGUCCUGGCUCAGCCGAACCCACUUUCCCGUUCACAAAAGAAAGAGGAGCUCUUUUUGUUGCAGGCAGAGGAGGCCCUCAUCAGACCAGCUCGGGGAUAUUUCCACUGUGCGGGCACGGAUGACUAAGGAACAGAGCCUGGCAGGCCGGGCCACGGAAGGCGGCUCAGCUGUUCUGAGUUGCCAGCCAAGAGCCAGUAGGUGAAGGGAGUGGCUUCCUGUUGAGCUGAGAUCUUUGGGUCCAGCUUGGAAGUCAAGAUGUCCCCGAAACAAAAUAGUCAGGCAGCCCACCAAGGUUCUGUGGAAUUGUUAUUAUAGAAAUACAAACCCCAGGCCUGGCUCCACCAACUUGGCAGGAAGUCUCGGUCCCUCAGGCUAUCGUCAUCCUGAGCAAACACAGAAGACGCGGCGGCUCAGUUCUGGCCUAGCACUCCGGAACGGGAUGGCUGCCGGGGUGGGGGUGGGGAGUGGAGGUAAGAGCCCCUCCUGCAGACUCCCCAGGGCAAGGUUUUCUGAUGUGUGUGCUCUGUCAGAGAUGCCUGUGGGAUUCACUGGUCUGAGAAAGGUCUCCACCCGCAAGUUACAGCCCCAGCUGGGGACUCAACAGCAGAGUGCUCUCCUAUAGAUGUGAUCCCUGCCUCCGGCCAAUGGCCCAAGCUGCAGUCUGUGGGUGUGGGCAUCAAGCGAUGAGUAUUUCCACUCCCCCCCACCCCCUCAAACUACUCUCCUGCAUGCAGGUUGUUGGUCCAAAUGUGGUUUUGCGCCACUAUUGUAUCUUAUGGGAUGUGGGGUGUGUGUGAUACAUUGUUUAUACAUGAUGUAAUGAUGGCGCUUAAAUUGAGGAUUUAGCCCAUAGUUUGGAGAAUGGAUGGAAAUCACGCCUGGAGGAGACUGUACGUAAAUCUGAGGACACUGGACUCUGAGGUCAAGGGCUUUGUCAAAGGCCCCUGCCACAAUCACUUUUGGAAGUAAGACAUCAGCUUUCAAUCCUGCUGGGAAGGCCAUAGUGCAUUUUCAGUUGUCGCAGUGAGAAUGGGAUCACGACAGGGUGUUUUAGGAACUAAAUAUGCAGGAAGUGGGCGGAGCUGGUAAGGGUGGAAGGCUCUGGACAUGUGGGUGGCCACACCCACUGCCCUUGGGCAGUCUUGGGCCAACCCCAUGAGUGUUCCGUGCCAGUCCCCCCAUCCCCCAGCCUCGUGGCAUCAGGCAGGUAGCAAUGGGAGUAAAGGCUGAGUUGACUGCAUCUGCAGAGAGAAGCCAAGAGCACGACUUGGGGCCAAGACCAUGGUGAAAUGAUGCAGAAGCUAUGAGAAAGCAGAAACCGCACAGCAGAAAGGGGAUAUACAAAGUAGAGGGAAAAGGCAGCUGGUCAGGAGUGAGAGGAGCACAGAGCAGACAGAGCAGAGGCAGGAGAGGUGGGAGUGGCCAGUCCCCAGAGCUGCCUUAGCCUCUGACACUGGUCCAGUGUGUUCCAUCCACCUGUAAGGCUGUGGAUCUGAUUCUUGCAACACAAAGAAGCUGAGUGACAUGGUACACUACUUACAGCUUCCAUGACUCCUGCUUUUUACCCUUUGACAGUUCUGGUGUCACUGUCUGUUUAUUGGUCUCUCCCGCCUCCUCGAGGCCGUGUUUUAUUCACCUCUAUAAUCCUAGCAUCUGGCCCUGUGUAGGGAACCCCGUAGGUGCCCAUUGCUGUUUGAGUAAAUAUCUGCAUUUAUCACAACUCCUGGACUAGGCCCUGACGCAGAGGCUGUGGAAUGGGCAGCAGCACAGAUUUUAGAGUCAGUGUGUGUAACAGCCACGUGCAAGGUGAGCUGGGCCAAAGAGAUUCUUCCUGAGGGUCUGAAGUGGAAAACGUGGAAUAAGGCAAUCAGCAGUGGAAGCAGAGGCGUCAAGGAUGUGUGGGAAGCGGACAAACUGUGUGGACCCUCUGGUCUUUGGUUUCCUUGCUUGUUACAUGGGGGUGAUUAUGACGGAGCUCAUAGGGAGAGGAAGACCGCCAAAAAUGAUGGACAUGCAAGUGUUUAGUGAAGUGUAAAACAAACACAGGUGUACAUGAUCAAUAAAGCUGACUGACAAAUCUCAUGCAUUAUUGUCAGCCUACUUGUGUGACCUUGGCCCUGACCUGAGAGUCCGCUUUCGUACAUUCAGGUCAGUGGUAACUGCUGUGCUGGCCCGGUGUGGGGAAGCAACGGGUAAGGAUCGAAAGUGCUAAGUCCAGCACCUCCUACCGGGUGAGGAAACAUAUGGAUAGCUUCUUAAAAAACAGAUUUCUGGCACCCCAUCUCUGCCACCCUCUUAAAUCAGUGUUCUUUAGGGAUGGAGCCUAGGAAUGUGAAUUUUAAAUAAGCACCACAGGUGAAGGAUUAGGGUGGUCCAAGGAGACUUUAAGAAACACUGAAAGGAUCAAUUAAGGUGUGAGGCGGGGUGGGAGCUGGGGAAGACAGUACUAUCACCUGUGGCCACAAGGUGGCAGCAGGGAGAGGCAAGGAGAAACUGGCCCCCUCUAGCAGGUGCCCACUGAGAGGGGCUGGGGUGGGCAUGCAUGGGAAUGAGGCUGUGGGAAGAGGUGGACCCCCGAAAUCCUGCAUGGUCUCCUUUGCCAGGUGAAAUCUGUUACUGCAGACUGAUCCCCUGUGACCGCCGGUCUCAUUACCAGGUCUUAUGGAGACUUUGCUACUGCCAAACUGCCGGCAGAAACUGCAUUAGCAUGACUCUGGCCGUGCUGUGUGGUGAUAAUGUGUGUUCCACACGGGUGAGUAUGUGAGGCAAGGGAUGUCACCUGCCCAGGGCAGCUUACUCAAAGGACACCAGUGCAUGUUUAAAGCAGGGGCUGCUGCCAGUCUCUUGAAGGACCUGUCCACCUGCAUCGGGCCUGCUUCAGUCAUGAGAGGAUCGGGUCUGUGACUUAGGAGCUGGCCAAAGACCAGACAAAGGAUACUGGGAUGGGGCGGGGGCAGGGAACACAGGAUGGGGCAGCUGCCUCUGGAAGCAGCCAAGAUGUUCCUGGCUGCAGUAGGGGUGGGGAGAGGAUUAGGUGACAGUCCCCUGACCCAGCCCGGAACUAACACCCUCCUCCCCCUCACUCACCCACCCUCCAAGCUUCCUAAAGCUCAGAAUAACCCCGAGGACCAGACAGCGGGAUGGCAGGGGCUCUGCUCGGCGCCCUGCUCCUCUUGCAGCUUCUCGGCAGAGGUGAGGGGAAGAACGAGGAGCUGCGGCUUUAUCACCAUCUCUUUGACAACUAUGACCCAGAAUCCCGGCCAGUGAAGGGGCCUGAGGACACUGUCACCAUCAGCCUCAAGGUCACCCUGACCAAUCUCAUCUCACUGAACGAGAAAGAGGAGACCCUCACCACCAGCGUUUGGAUUGGAAUCGAUUGGCAGGAUUACCGACUCAAUUACAGCAAGGACGACUUUGGGGGCAUAGAAACUCUGCGAGUCCCUUCAGAACUCGUAUGGCUACCAGAGAUUGUGCUGGAAAACAAUAUUGACGGCCAGUUCGGCGUGGCCUACGACGCCAACGUGCUGGUCUACGCGGGCGGCUACGUGAGCUGGUUGCCCCCGGCCAUCUACCGCAGCACCUGCGCCGUGGAGGUCACCUACUUCCCCUUCGACUGGCAGAACUGCUCGCUCGUUUUCCGCUCUCAGACGUACAAUGCCGAAGAGGUGGAGUUCGUCUUUGCGGUGGACGAUGAAGGCGAGACCAUCAGCAAGAUCGAAAUCGACACCGAGGCCUAUACUGAGAACGGCGAGUGGGCCAUAGACUUCUGCCCCGGGGUGAUCCGCCGCUACGACGGUGACGCCGCUGACGGCCCGGGGGACACUGACGUCAUCUACACGCUCAUCAUUCGCCGGAAGCCGCUCUUCUACGUUAUUAACAUCAUCGUGCCCUGCGUGCUCAUCUCGGGCCUAGUGCUGCUCGCCUACUUCCUGCCGGCGCAGGGUAGGGAGGCCACCGACCCUAACCCCGGGCUCACUCCUGGGGGGCGGGGCCUGCUCUCACCGGGCGCUCCCUCCAGCUGGCGGCCAGAAAUGCACAGUCUCCAUCAACGUCCUGCUCGCCCAGACCGUCUUCUUGUUCCUAAUUGCCCAGAAAAUCCCAGAGACGUCUCUGAGCGUGCCACUGCUGGGCAGGUCUUGUUGGAGCUGCUGCCGCGCCUCCUGGGCUCGGGCGCGCCCCCCGAGGUCCCCCGGGCCGCCUCGCCCCCAAGGCGGGCGUCGUCCGUGGGCAUCCUGCUCCGCGCGGAGGAGCUGAUAUUAAAAAAGCCGCGGAGCGAGCUCGUGUUUGAGGGGCAGAGGUACCGGCACGGAACCUGGAGCGCUGCCCUCUGCCAGAACCUGGGCGCCGCCGCCCCCGAGAUCCGCUGCUGUGUGGAUGCCGUGAACUUCGUGGCCGAGAGCAUGAGAGACCAGGAGGCCACCGGCGAGGAGGUGUCCGACUGGGUGUGCAUGGGGAAGGCCCUUGACAACAUCUGCUUCUGGGCUGCUCUGGUGCUCUUCAGUGUGGGGUCCAGCCUCAUCUUCCUCGGGGGCUACAUCAACCAAGUGCCUGAACUGCCCUACCCGCCGUGUAUGUAGACCCAAGCCCGGGGCCACACCGACUUCCACUUUCCUACUCAUCUCCAGGAGGAAAUUGAUUUUGAAAAACAAAUUGCUGCCGCUGUUGUAUUAUGACCCUUUCCCACUGCCAAUAAUCAAUCUGUAUUGUGCCAACUUCCCAAGAGGAGUUGUGUCUGCACCCGUAUGUAGGUCUGGCCACCCAGCAGCAGGAAUCAGGAGAGGGCAGACGAUUCACGCAGGCUCAUGGGCCCCAAUCCUCCAGAAACAAGAAUCACCCUGGAUUCAGCCUUUCUCACCUCCCAGUUUUUCUCAGGCCCCAUGUGACCCUCUAGCCCUUGCAGAUUAUAAGCGAUCUUUAUCCAUCUCAUAGCCAAACAGGACAGACCCCUUUGCAGGACUGGCACAUAUGGAGGCUGGAACCAGGAAGCCAGGUCCCUCUCUGGCCUGAUCCUGCUGGAGUGGGCAGAGACCAAAGGCCCUCAGUGCAGAUCCCCCACAGGCCCACAGGUUCAAGGCUGAGGAUGCCCUGGCCCUCCCACAGUCACUUCUUCUAGGUCUUCCUGGCCGCGCACUGCCCCACCAAGACUCACUGCAGAUUCCACCCUACCUUGCCCCCUUCAUCCCAGCUCCGCUGGCUUGUCCUGGCUAGUAUCUGGGAUUGUGAAAGAACAAAGAAUAAAACAGGGCCUGAAAUGGUG